UGAAGUUGGAGACAUGCCGUUGACCCUGUUGCAGGACUGGUGUAGGGGGGAGCAUCUGAACACCCAGAGAUCCAUGCUGAUCCUGGGAAUCCCCGAGGACUGUAGUGAGGAUGAGUUUGACGAGACUCUCCAGGAGGCUCUCAGGCACUUGGGAAGAUACAGGAUCAUCGGCAGGAUGUUUAGGAGGGAGGAGAAUGCACAGGCCUUUCUGCUGGAGCUUGCAGAAGAUUUCGACUAUGCCUUGGUCCCCAGGGAAAUACCAGGAAAGGGGGGGCCCUGGGAAGUGGUUGUCAAACCCCGCAACUCAGAUGGCGAAUUUCUCAAUAGACUGAACAGCUUCUUAGAGGAGGAGAGGAGAACAGUGUCAGACAUGAACAGAGUCCUCGGAUCCUACACUAAUUGUUCUGCUCCCAGACUGGCUAUUUCCCCAGAGUUCUGGACUUGGGCCCAGACCCUCGGGGCAAUGGUGCAGCCUCUGCUAGAACAAAUUUUGUACCGAGAACUCAGGGUGUUUUCUGGGAACAGCAUAUCCAUCCCAGGGGUGCUGUCCUUUGAAGCCUGGCUUGAGCACACUACUGAGAUGUUACAGAUGUGGCAGGUGCCUGAGGUGGAAAAGAGGCGUAGGCUGAUGGAAUGCUUGCGGGGUCCAGCUCUGCAGGUGGUCAGUGUGCUUAGAGCCAACAAUGCUGCCAUCACUGUGAAGGAAUGCCUGGAUGCCCUGCAGCAGGUGUUUGGACCUGUAGAAAGCAGAAAAAUCACCCAGGUGAAAUUUUGUAAAGCCUAUCAGGAGCCAGGAGAGAAAGUCUCUAGCUUUGUGGUUCGUUUGGAACCCCUGCUCCAAAAAGCUAUAGAGAAAAAUGCAGUAUCACGAAGGAAUGUGAAUCAAACUCGCCUGAAACGAAUCUUAGGUGGGGCCACCCUUACUGAAAAACUUCGGGACAAGCUUAAGCUGAUGAAACAGAGAAGGAAGCCACCUGGUUUCCUGGCCCUGGUGAAGCUACUUCGUGAGGAGGAGGAGUGGGAGGCCACAAUGAUAGGCCCAGAGAGGGAGUGCUUGAAGGGACUGGAAUUAGGCCCAAGGCCAUCUACCAUCAGUGGUGACAGGGCACCGCUUGUCCCUGCCUGUGACAACAUGGUUGAGACCAGGCCUACCCAAGGCUCUCGAAGACGACGCCGGAGGGGCAGAGGUCAGCACAGGAGGGGAGGUAUGCUGAGGUCUGGCUCUCGAGGUACAGGAAGACAGAAACACCACACAUUCUGCUAUAGUUGUGGGGAAGAGGGCCACAUCAGGGUACAGUGCUUCAAUCCCUCCAACCUGCCCUUGGUGAAGCAGAAGAAGCAAGCUGCAAUUGGGUUGGGAAACGGGAGCCGGGCUUGGGACAAGAGCCAUCCCAAGCCCAAGGCCAAGUAGGCUCUGGAGAACAU